UACAACAAAGAGACAGUGUGGUUGUAUUUUAUAAAGUUUUUUUUUUUAUGGAGUGUAUAAUGGCGGAUACUACGGCACAGAAGGUUCAGGAAUACAAGGAUUCUCUUAAAACAAAGGCUGAACAACUACUGAUAAAAGGAUUUCCAGAGAAGAUUGUUAAGCUGAACGAAUUAUUGGAGACCCCUGGCUUUUGCAACAGAAAAUUGUCAGAUGUUCAUCAAGACUUAAAUGUGCCCAUUCCAGAUCCGAUCAUUCUUAAUCAUUCCGAAAAUGAGACAGCUACAAAAAAACGAAAGACAGACAAUAACAUUGACAAUACCAGUGGAACCAAAGUGAUGGUAUUGCCAAGUGGACCUAUACCUUGUAAUAAGCCUUUGUGCGAUCUUAUUCUCAUAGUUAAACCUUACAUUCGACAACUAUUGGAAGAUUCCAACUUGUUGAAAAUGUGGAUUUCAUAUCUGAUUCCCAAAAUUGAAGAUGGGAACAAUUUCGGCGUAUCAAUUCAAGAAGAUACACUUGCCGAAAUACAAUCGGUCGAAAGUGAGGCAGCCGCAUUUUUCGAUCAAAUAUCUAGGUAUUUUAUCUCUAGAGGAAAGAUUGUUAGUAAAGUUGCGAAGUAUCCACACAUCAGCGACUAUAGAAGAGCAGUCCAGGAAUUAGACGAAAAAGAAUAUGUGAGCUUAUGGCUAGUUAUGUGUGAAGUCCGUAAUCGCUACUGUUCUCUGCACGAUUUGAUAGGACCGAUCUCGAAGUUGCUGUAUGUGAAGUAGUCCAGGCAAACCUAGGUCAACUCGAGCAACGAUCGAGCUGGUGGAGCACUGUACGAACGUAGUAGUAAUCGGCCGGCCUGAAAAAGCAGUUGCGAUCGUGCGUGCUGAAAAAGGUAACCGAAGGUAUCAAAAGCUUUACGACACACGUGCCUACCUACGAGCCUACAACACUCCCACCGCUACCGUUGUUUCUCAUUCCAUUCAUGACUGUGACGUCAUCUGCUGCGGCUGUUGUUCUCGGUUUUGCUCGAAGGAACGCUUUUACUACCAAAACGGCUGUCUGAAUAUCCUUUAAGUUUAAGACCACGUAUCGUUAUCGUGCAUUUCAUUUUACUUAUCUAGGCCGGAACACACAGAUGACUUGAUAUAUAAAACUAUUAUUAUCAUUGAAUGCAAACAUCAACGUAACGUAAAUGUCAGUCCACUUUCGUCAUCUUCAUCACUGUUCCUAUCAACGUA